UCGAUUUUUGACUUGGCGAGGUACACUUCUGCUUCCUCUUUGUUCAUUUUCUUCUCUUUUUUCUUUUUAAAUUUGUUGGCUUUCGUGCUUCUUUUUUUUUGUAAUUUUUAGUGGCGCUUUUUGAAAUUUAAAAAGAAUAAUUUAAAAAAUGGCUGGAAUCGCUGCAGGUCGUUUAGCCGAAGAAAGGAAGGCUUGGCGCAAGGACCACCCCUUUGGAUUUAUUGCUAGACCAUCAAAAAACGAAGACGGGACGAUGAAUUUGUAGGUUAUUUGGUUAACUAACUAAUGUGUUUUUUAGGUACAAUUGGGAAUGUGCCAUUCCUGGACCUAAAACAACAAUUUGGGAAGGAGGAUUGUUCAAACUUCGAAUGAUCUUCAAGGAUGAUUUUCCUUCUACUCCUCCAAAAUGUCGUUUUGAGCCGCCACUGUUCCAUCCAAACGUCUACCCGUCUGGGACGGUUUGUCUGAGUUUGCUGGAUGAAAACAAAGACUGGAGGCCAUCAAUUUCUGUCAAACAAUUGUUGGUUGGGAUUCAAGAAUUGUUGGUCUCGCCAAACCCAGAGGAUCCAGCGCAAGCUGAAGCCUAUCAAAUUUUUGUUCAAAAUCGUCAGGAAUAUGAGCGUCGUGUUCGUAAACAGGCGCAGCAAUUUGCGGAAGAAUUGGUUCAGAAACAAAUGUUGAUGGAAUCUUGA